AUGGAAGAUCACGCGCAGAUGAUUUUCGAGAUCUACUCUCUCCGAUUUCCAUCGACAAGCGACUUGAUAGCGAGUGGUCUCAUUGCGAAAGCGAAGCUUCUCCUCAGCCAGAAAUAUGUGAAAUUCGAUUCGCAUUUUCUCCAUUGGCACGCGCCAUGCGCCAUCCACGUCUUCCAAAUAAUGUCGGCGAAUGCGAGCCAAAUUUCGGCAUUGUUUGAAUUGAAUUGCAUUCAUCACAUUUUUCAAGCGGCUCUUCACAAGAGCAUCGCCGUCUCGCGAAAAGCGUUGACGACCAUCGGCAAUCUGCUCAAAUCGCAAGCGUUCGUCGAGGCGAUCACCGAAUUGGAGGUGUUUCGCGUCACCUACGAAGCGCUUCAAAAUUGCAGCCUUCUGAAGCAUCCCGUCGAAAUCGCGCGUGUCAUCGAAGGAUUGGCGCGAAUCAGUAGCCAAUUAAUGCCGCUGCAUGUUCAAUACCUUCUCAAUAUCAUCGACUACUACUUCCGGAACAUUCAAAGCGUUUGCGAUUCCGCUUAUCCGACAUUGAUCAAUGCGAUGGACAUUAUUUUCCGCGAGCGAACCGAUUAUCAUUCCGUCUAUUAUAAGCAUUUGUACGCCAACAAAUAUUCUGGCCUCUUCAAAGUCUUGCCAUCGAACGACGCCAAGGUGAUGCUUGCCAUCUUCAUCGCCAAUUUGGUGGACGACUUCACCCUCUAUCAUCAUUUCUUCAAAACGAUUGAUUUUCAUUUUUGCGUUCUGAGCUGCUUCAACAGCGAAGAUGUUGGUGCGUGCUUAAUCGCCAUCCGAUUCUGCCUUCACUACAUCGCCUCAUCAUCGGUCUUCGCUUGUCACGUGUUUGAGAGCGGAGUGCUUGACAGCAUUAAAAUCAGCGAUGUCGUUGAGCGAUUCAUCAAGACCAUCCAGAAGGAGUAUCAUGAAACGUACACAAAGAUGAAUCUCGAAAUUCCCGACGAACACAUGAAGCACCUGAAGGCGUUGAUAAAACGGGUCGAGCCGUACAUACCGGAAAGAGCGAUGAAGCUUGGAGUAUCGAAGAGCUGCAAAGUGAAGAAGGGCGGGAAGCCGACGAAGAAGGACUCUCGUCCAUCGGGAUCUUCACGUUUUGUGCAAUAUCGAUAA